UAUCGUUUUUGUUGAAACAUAUAGGAAGCAAAUUAAAAUGGUUCUGCUAGAGAAGCUCUGGGAUGAUGUUGUAGCUGGGCCUCAACCUGAUCGUGGGCUUGGUAGGCUCAGGAAGAUCACCACCGGCAUCAAAGAUGAAGGAGAUGGAAGCAGCUUCAAGAGGAGCACGUCGAUGCCGACGACCCCACCAACCCCGGGGACGCCAACGUCACCGGGGUCGGCGCGUAAGGCAGAUAACGUGUGGAGGAGCGUGUUCCACCCAGGGAGUAACUCUGCCACCAAGAGCAUUGGUGCUCAGAUGUUUGACAAACCACUCCCCAAUUCUCCCACUGUCUAUGAUUGGCUCUACAGCGGCGAGUCAAGGAGCAAGCACCGCUAAGUGCAGUGCAUGAAAUGUAAAUACUCUCCUCAUAUUAUAAUUAUAAUAAAAUUAGCAACUGAAAUGUAAAAGAAGAUUAAUUAUUAUUAGUAUGCUCUAAUUUGGGCAAUGACUUUUUUGUUUUUGUUUUUUAUUUUGAUUUUUCCUCUGGGAUAAAUCAUAAGUAUAAUCGAUUAUGUAGUUAAUAUUAUGUUAUAUAUUAAGAUGAAUAAAAGUGUGGUACUACUUUGUUAUUUUC